UCCUCUUCUCUCUCCUGAAGUCACGACUCACGAGGCCGACCAGAGAAAAGCUCGAGAAAUAUCUCUCUUCGUACCCCCGAGCCGGCGAGAUGGCGGGGAUCUCUCGCGCGAUCCGGGUCUGCGCCGCCGCGUCCCGGCGGACCCUGGCGGCCGCUUCGGCGGCGGCCCUGCCGAAGGAGGCGCCUGCGGCUGGGGUGCGAGCGCCGGCGGCGGCGACCGGGCGCAAGGGGCGGGAUCGGGAGGACGGGAGGCGAGUGCAGUGGGUGUUCCUGGGGUGCCCCGGGGUGGGGAAAGGCACCUACGCCAGCCGCCUCUCGCAGCUGCUCGACGUCCCGCACAUCGCCACCGGCGACCUGGUUCGUGACGCGCUCGCGGCCCCUGGCCCCUUCUCCAAGCAGCUUGCUGAGAUUGUCAAUCAUGGAAAACUGGUGUCUGAUGAGAUCAUCAUAAAUCUUCUGUCAAGACGCCUGGAAGAGGGAGAAGAAAAGGGUGAAUUGGGAUUCAUCCUUGAUGGCUUUCCUCGGACCAUAAGACAAGCGGAAAUACUUGAAGGAGUCACAGAUAUUGAUUUGGUGAUCAAUCUCAAGCUCCGAGAGGAAGCCCUGCUUGCAAAAUGCCUUGGUAGAAGAAUGUGCAGCCAGUGUGGAGGAAACUUCAAUGUGGCCUCCAUUGAUAUUGAGGGUGAGAAUGGUGGACCUCGAAUGUACAUGCCUCCGCUGCUGCCUCCUCCACAGUGUGAAUCGAAGCUAAUUACUAGACCAGAUGAUACUGAAGAGGUGGUAAAGGAGCGAUUACGGGUGUACCAUGACUUGACUGAACCAGUGGAGGAAUUCUACAGAGCACGUGGGAAACUCUUGGAGUUCAAUCUACCUGGUGGAAUACCCGAAUCCUGGCCGAAGUUAUUGGAAGCCUUGAAUAUAGAAGGCCCUGACAACGAGAGAUCUGCCGCAGCAUGAUUUUUGUUUUAGGAAUGCACAUUGCGCAUUUGUAGCCUAUGUCAAAGGUAGUUACCUUGUAGUAGUCCAUUUGGGGUCAAAUUAUCAUGGUGUAGCACUCAAUUGUAUAGCUGAUUUAUCAUCGAUGGGCAAGAUCGAUGAGUGUGCUGGUUGUUAUCAUCCAACGAAAGGUCUGUAAAAGCCCAAAAGGCAAGAAAUAAUUGUUUGACGUUGAAACAUUCAUUUGUACUAGCUUGUAUCACACAAGUGUUUGUGGAAAGAGUUACACACCA